AUGAAUACCUACCACAGUUUGAUGUUCCUUUUGGCCAUCGUGCUUGCGGUUAAGUACACCUUCGCAAAGGUCACGGUGGACACACAAUGCAAAAAUGGCUAUCUAGUCCAAAUGAGCAAUCAUUUUGAAUGCAGAUGUAAUGACGGGUUUGUGUUGGCAAAUGAAAACACUUGCGAGCAAAAAAUCGUUUGUAAAAAUACACAAGAUGUAAAUAAGAACUGUGCAGAUUAUGCUGUGUGCAUAAACACUAGAGUGAAUGAUGUGGAAAGAGCAUUAAACUGCACCUGCAUAACAGGGCACAACCCACUGAACACUGUAUGCAUUCCAGCCAGAUGUACCAACAUUCUUUGUGGAAAGGGAAAGUGCAUCAUAGAUCCCACUAAUCCAAAUAACACCAUGUGUUCUUGUGACAUAGGAACCACAUUGGAUGAAUAUAAAAAAUGUGCAAAGCCAGGAAAUACUCAAUGCACGUUGAAGUGUAAGGCAAACGAAGAAUGCUUAUUGACUCAGAAUUAUUACAAAUGCGUUGCGAAGGAAAGCGGCGGAGAAGGCAGCGGCGGAGAAGGCAGUGGAGGAGAAGGAAGCGGAGGAGAAGGAAGCGGAGGAGCAACAGGAGCAGCUUACAGUCUCAUGAACGGAUAUUCAGUAAUCAGCAUACUAGUUGUAUUCGCUUUCUUUAUGAUGUCAUUAGUGUAG